AUGUCGACGUCGGACUACCUGAUCAUCGGUGCCGGCGUAAACGGCACCUCGAUCGCUUCCACCCUCAUCUCGCUCGGCCACACCGUAACCCUCCUGGACCGCUCCUCAGACGGACACGUAGCCCCCGACGGCGCAUCGCACGACCUCAACAAGAUCGUCCGGGCCGACUACACCGAUGCCAACUAUUGCUCGCUCGCCAAGGAAGCCAUCUCCCGGUGGCGCGCUGACCCGGUGCUCGCGAAGUUCUACCAUGAAGUAGGCGUGCUGUUCCGCUCCAGCGACAAGGGCCAGGUGUUCGGAGGAGAGGGCAGUGCGGAGGAGUACGUCGAGGCGGGGGUUCGACAUGCGCAUCUGGACAAGGAUAAGCAUCUGGAGGUCUUUCCUGCGGGAGCGGGGGAGAGAGAGCGAGCAUUCAAGCUGACGAGCGACGACCAACUCGCCUCCCUGCUGAGCGGCGUGACGGGUGGCCUGGGGGAUGGGCUGAAAGGCAUGGGCGAGCGACAAACGGGCUACUUCAACCCACGCGGAGGAUGGGCUGAAGCGAACAACGCCUGUCGUGCGCUGCUCGACCAUGCCAUCACACGCGGCGUCGCGGUUCACGUCAACGCCCGCGUCGUCUCGUUCGUCUACGCGGACAGCGAUGUGUCCAAGGUGACGGGUGUACGCACGAGCGACGGGCGAACGUUUCAUGCGGAUCACAUCGUCCUCGCUGCAGGCGCGUGGACGAAUGACCUUCUCACCGCCCUCCUUUCCACCAGUACCGACGUGGCGCCGUCGAAAUGGAUGACCCGCCCAUCCGCCCAGUGCGUCGCCAUCCUCCGUGUCACUCCCUCCGAAGCGGCGAGUCUGCGCAACACGCCGGUGAUCAUCAACUUCUCCUCGGGAUUCUACCAGUUCGAACCCACGCGUGUCGGGGACGAAUGGCACAUGAAGAUCGCCUACCAUUCCAAUGGUUACCUGUGGCCUCGUCCGCCCGUCGAGUGCAACGGCUCCUACCCUGCAUUCGAAGAUUCCAUCGCCGCGCACCCAACCGGCGCGCGCAGCAUCGGAGACGAAGGCACCACCGAAGAUGUUGGAUACGAUAUGGCUUCAUCCACCAUCCCCGCCUCGCGCCUUUCGGAAAUGCUGACCGAACUAGCGCAGAUCUACCCGUCGCUCGCAUCGCCCAACCGUGUCGUCUCCACCCGCGUCUGCUGGUACUCCGACACCCUCGAUGAGAAUUGGAUCCUCGACCGGCUCUCCCGUCACCCUGCCGCCCAGGGACGGGGGGACAACGUCUGGGUGAUUACAGGGGAUAGCGGACACGCCUACAAGUUCUUACCCAUCAUCGGGGAUCUUUUUGCCACCAUCGCCGGGUUGCAGGACAAUGAAAGGGAUUGGGAUUUGACCCGGUUCACAUUUGAACAUCAGGCAAAGCUGCAUCGAGAUAAGAGCGAGGGGAAGAAGAUCGAGAGUGCGGAUAGUAACCGGUUCGAUGGGGGGAAGGAGGGGGAGAAUGCUCGGGCGCGCUUGUAG